AUGAACUCAACAGCAGCAAUGGAGGUCGUCUUCCAGCCCAGCCGUGGCAGCCCUUUUCUCAUGGAGCUCGGCUACUUCGACACGGUGCUCGAGAUCAAGCACAAGAUCGAAAAGGCCAAAGCCAUCCCCACAUCCAAACAGACCCUUAUCUUCAACGGCGCCGUCCUCCACGACCACCUCAACGUCCACGACUCGGACAUCCUCGACCGCUCCCGCAUCCACCUCCUUCUUCCCCCGGACCCCAACCCCCCUCCGCCGACCUCCGCCGCCGCCGCCGCAGCCAGCAAGAUCCAGCUCCUACUCCGGCUCCCGUCCUCCAAGGCUCGGGCCGCUCUCGAGGCGGAUCCCUCCGAGACCGUCCUGGCCCUCAAGGCCCGGAUCCACGACAUGGAGGGCAUCCCGCCCGGCCGGCUCGCGGUGGUCCAUGCCGCCAGCGGGGCGGAGCUGCCCGACCACAGGCCCCUAGGGGAGUGCGGGCUGGCCGACGGCUCGGAGGUCGCCGUGGCCGUCCCGGCGAGGAUGGGGAUAUUCGUGGUGACCAAGAGCGGGGGCGGGGAGAGGGUGCCGGUGGAGGUGGGGUCGACGGACAGCGUGGGAGAGCUGAGGCGGAAGCUGGAGAAGAUGAGGGUCGACCUCCCGCCGGAGGGCUACUUCUUCAUAUACAAACAGAACGUGAUGGAGGACGACCGGUCCUUCCGGUGGCACCAAGUCGGCCCGGGGGAUGCCAUUGAGAUUUUCGGUGGGAGCGUGUCCGCCGGCUCAUGA